AUGCCCUAUUCGCCGUCCCACUAUGACACACUCGCACUGCCCACGACCGCCACCAGCAGGGACAUCCGCCACGCUUACCGUCGCCAGGCAUUGGCGCUACACCCGGACCGCACGGGACAAGCGACGGACGCGUCUUUCCGCGCCGUGCAAGAAGCGUAUGCGGUGCUCAGUGAUCCAGUGCUUCGGCGGGAAUAUGACCAGGGAGGGAAGGGAGAGGGAGUAUCAGCAUCUUUGACAGUCUCCCCAUCAAUUCUUUCACAACUCACCUCACUCGCACUCCUCCUCCUCGUCAUACUCACAUACCAAUUCGCCCACCUCCUCCCACACCUCACACUUCUCCUCCUAGCCAUCAAUGCACGAUGGCAGUGCAGGUCCCCCGCUCUGCCACUCACACUACUUCUUCUUACAUGCAUGCGCGGGUGGACAUUCGCAGUCGUGUGGUGCGCCUGCUUGUGGGCCACACCACAUGCUAUGGUGUGGUGUUUCUGGGGUGUCGCUUAUGCUGCACUAUUCAACCACUACAACGCAGUUAGCACACUCGUUGCUCUCACUUGGUCAGUCGAGCACACCCGACUGGGACAAUCUCUUAUCAAUCUCUCCCCACUUGUUCUUUUGUUAAAACUUAUCAAAUACGUAGCUUUUUAA